GGGGUGGGGUCUUCGCCGCAACCCCCGGCCUGCCCGGGAGGCCCCACCGCGGUGGAGGGACCCGGUCCUGCGGCUUGUCGUGAUUCCGACGCUGAGGCCCCGGGAGGCAGGGAGCCGGUCACCAUGGCCGCACCGGCCUCCCACCAGCUGGAGGAGGACGAGAGCCUGAAGGGCUGUGAGCUGUACGUGCAGAAGCACGGCGUCCAGCAGGUGCUCAAGGACUGCAUCGUGCGCCUGUGCAUCGCCAAGCCCGAGCGCCCCAUGAAGUUCCUGCGGGAGCACUUUGAGAAGCUGGAGAAGGAGGAGCACAGGCAGACCUUGGCGCAGAAGUCAGCCUCCCAGUCCGACUCGCACGAUGAGGACGUGUCCCCGACGCUGCCCAACCCGGUGGUGAAAGCCCGCCGGCGCCGUGGGGGUGUGAGCGCGGAGGUGUACACGGAGGAAGACGCCGUGUCCUACGUCAGGAAGGUCAUCCCCAAGGACUACAAGACCAUGACAGCGCUGGCCAAAGCCAUCUCCAGGAACGUGCUUUUUGCUCACCUGGACGACAACGAGAGAAGUGACAUAUUCGAUGCCAUGUUCCCCGUCACUCACAUCGCUGGGGAGACUGUCAUACAGCAAGGGGACGAAGGAGAUAACUUCUAUGUAAUCGAUCAAGGAGAAGUAGAUGUGUAUGUGAACGGAGACUGGGUGACCAGCAUCAGCGAGGGUGGCAGCUUUGGGGAGCUUGCCCUCAUCUACGGCACCCCCAGGGCGGCCACUGUGAAAGCCAAGACUGACCUUAAGCUCUGGGGCAUCGACCGUGACAGCUACCGCCGCAUCCUCAUGGGCAGCACGCUGAGGAAACGCAAGAUGUACGAGGAAUUCCUCAGCAAGGUCUCCAUCCUGGAGUCCCUGGAGAAGUGGGAACGCCUGACGGUGGCUGACGCCCUGGAGACCGUCCAGUUUGAAGACGGAGAGAAGAUUGUGGUUCAGGGGGAGCCUGGAGACGGCUUCUUCAUCAUCACAGAGGGCACGGCUUCUGUCCUCCAGCGCCGGUCCCCCAAUGAGGAGUACGUGGAGGUGGGACGCCUUGGGCCCUCCGACUACUUCGGGGAGAUCGCACUGCUGCUGAACCGGCCGCGGGCAGCCACCGUGGUGGCCCGGGGGCCCCUCAAGUGUGUCAAGCUGGACCGGCCCCGCUUUGAGCGUGUGCUGGGCCCCUGCUCCGAGAUCCUGAAGAGGAACAUCCAACGUUACAACAGCUUCAUCUCCCUCACCGUCUGAGCCCGCCCGCCCUGCCGCCCGCCCGGCUCCUGUGUGCUGGCUACUCGUCUGUGUCCCCGAGGCCACAGUGGGGGGAUGGGGAGGGGGGGUUGGUGUCCCAGCAGCGUGGGGACAGCCCCUCCCUCCGUUCUCACAUUUGGAAUAAAAUAGUCACCUGUGCAGUUCAACACAAACGGCGAACGGAGGCCCAGGAGGCCCCGCCCCGAUUCCCACGCCCCUUGCUUCUCUCCGCCUGCUUGGGCUCCUUUCAGGGAACCCUCCCUCUGCCCAUAUCUUCUGGGGGACGAUGGCACGUGGCGACCCCCAUGGCUGAGGGGUCGGACUGUGGGAGUCCAGGCGGCCCUGUCCCGGGGACUGGCCAGGUCCCGCUGGAGCCGAGGGGAGGCUGAGGGCCACACCACUCUGUCACCCUCCUCUCCAGAGGCCGGCCAGGCAGCAGGGCUCUGUGAUGUGAGGUCACCAGGUCUGCAGUCUAACCUAGGGCAGUGCUGUCCAAGGGGGUGUCCCACAGGCCCCUCCCUCCCACGGCCCUGUGGAAGGUGCCAGGGCUGGGAGGGCCUCUGAUGACAAGUCGAUCCCCACCUCAGAGAGGAGGCAGACCCCCAGUCAGGUCCUGACCCCACGUGGAUGUUUACAGUGCAUGUCGGGUGGUCCGGGACACUGGCCAGUUUGCCAGACAGGCAGAUACCCCCGCCACCCUCGCUGGGCCGAAGACGCCCAGGACGGGAAGGAGACACCGUGUGAGGCUGGGCUUUCCGAGACCCGGUGAGCGCUGUUCUCUCGUAGUCGGGGGACCCGCUUCUGGGAGGCCUGGUGAAGAGGGGCCAGAGGAGGGAUUCCGUCAGACAUGCGCUGGAACCAGAGCCCCUGUGACUCACCCUCCGGCACAUGUGUCUCCCUUGGGGCAGGCGGCCUGGGCCCCAUACGCCCAAGUCGUCGGUCCGUUGAGUCCCAUAAAAUUACCCUCAAUCCAACAGCCUGAGCCCCAUUGGCGGGCUUGGGCCACGUGGUAGCUUCUGGUGACUUGAAGUAGAGUGGAAAGAGUGCUGUGCACCCGAUCUGGCACCUUCCUGGCCAUGUCUGGGGGCUGCCUGGGAGCGGACCCCACGGCCUGUGGAUGCUUCUGUGACAUGUAUCCCCCCACCGUUUAUCACGAUGUCCUCAGUGCUGCAUGCGCCAUUAAAUGUGCAAUGAAGUGCCUCACUACUUGGGCAUUUUCAUCUGAAAGCAUUAAUGGAAGGUUUUUCUCGUUGUUUUUUUUUAUUGUGGUAAAUAUUCAUGACAUAAAACUUACCAUUUCCACCAUUUUUGAAUGUCUAGUUUGGGGCAUUAGGCAUUCACACUGCCAUCACCACCAUCUGUCCCUGUAACUCCAUCGUCCCAAACUGAAACUCUGUCCCCAUUAAACUCUAACUGCCCCCCCCGCCCCCUCGCAGCCCCUGCACCAACCGUUUGUGCAGUAACUCAUUUAAUAAUGUGUUUUAUUUAACCCUAUCCAAAAUAUUCCCAUUUCCACACAUUAUCAAUACAGAGAGAUUAAUGAGAGAUGU